AUGGAGGACGAUUGCGGUGACUGGGUGACGGCCCUUUGCCCGUACGGCGCGGAUGGCUGCCCCGACACUCAAGGUGACUACGACAUCGUUAUGCCCGAGCCCAUGGACGGUACCUCCAGCGGCUACAAGAUCAUGGUAACUGAUUCCAAUGACGAGUCCAGCAUGGGCUGCUCUGGCGACUUCACCCUGGUCGCGUCCACGGAUGCACCCGCGGCUGGCGAAGUGGGAUACAGUCUCACCGUAAAUUCUCCCUCGGACGGCGACAUCGCGAUGGCCGGCGAAGUGUACACCGUUGAGUGGGACUACAAUAACGGCUUGGGCUCCUCCAAGGACCGUUUCGCGAUCGACCUUUAUACCUAUGGCACCGGCACCGGCGACUGCGGGACCUACGUGGCUACACUCUGCGACAAGCCCACUAUCGGCUGCCCCGACUCGCAGGGUGACUACGACGUGGAGAUCCCGUCGGACACCCCUGCCGGUAUGUACUCGGUCCGAGUCGGCGUCUUCUCGGACGAGAUAAUGUUCGACUGCUCGGAAGCUUUCGAGAUCGUCAACGACAGUACGGACUUGUCAAUGCGCUUGUAAGGGAAUGCCCCAUUUCUCUGCUAGGUUCCCAGUGAAAGUAGCUGGAACGAGUGAAGUCGGUUUUUGCUUCAUUGAUUGAAAGAGACUUGAGAUUGUUGGUGGUGGAAGAGGAAUUCUCGCAUUUGGUGCAGAAUCAUUUUUUUGCAUGGUAGGGUUGAACGACCGAUCGACGAGAUAGGACAAGGUCGAGGAAAAAAAGUUGUUGUUUAUUAGAUUGUCGUUAUUGUCCUUCGUUGUUUUGCCUGCCUUUUUCGUCUCCAUUUCGUUCAUGUAGCUUCUGGUGCUAGUUACCCCCUCAACACAGCCUACGUGCUUUCUUGAUCCUCUUUGCCGAUCUUCUUGUUGUGUUGGACAUGUUAAUGCUGAGGCAUCGUUCCUCCUCGACUAGAACUCUUGAGUAGCGACGAUAUGGACAGGGGGAGGGUGUCCAUGUGCGCCGUGGUGUGUUGUCUUGUUUGGAGCCGUCUUCCUUCGGUAGGCGAGAAUAUUCAAUGUUUGGGUGCCCUGUCCCCCUACAUUCGCUGUUGAAUCACUUGUAGCAUUACUGUGAGAGGAUUUCCAAGCGAUUAGGGCGUAGGGUCAUUUUCUACGAGUAUGUUUUGUGUUGGGGACGAUGGAGGUAUUUCGACGACCACCACAAGCUUUUACAACUGCAGUGCCAAAGCGCUCGAAGUCAGCAGGAAGCCAACGGUAUGAUAAGUUCUUCCGAGCGUUCGUCACUUCGUGAUAUCUUGGUCCAAGCGGUGGUCGUAAUGGCGAUCGCACAGGGUCUGUGCCUGCACGGAGUCGACAAAAUCGGAAACGAACGCGAGCUAUGCCUGGUGAUACGGUCGGGUUACGCAGGGGCGAGGAACGGAAAAGAGGCCUGCCUGCGCUUCCCGCAUCACCGGCGCAUCUAUGGUGCGCACCGAGAGUCGUGCUUUCCAAUUCUUUCCAUCGACCGGGAAUGAAUGUGGACGAGGUGCGGUCGGUUGACUCGCGCUGGCGGAUGGCUUUCUUGCUGGAAGACGACUGGCAAACGAAAAGGGCGGGUAAGAGGCUGAUGAAGCCCGCGGAACGGAUGAGAGUGGCCACUGAGGACUUCGCGGGAGUAUACAACCGUGUCGUAUGAAAGGAUUGUUACAGACCGAAAGAAACCGUGCUGAAUGGAAUGGGAAUGACGGGCGGGCAAAAAAAAAAACGACGUUGCAACGUCCGAUACGGAUAACCAACGUAAGAAACGAUUUGUACUGCGCUGCACGCGUCAUCGAUCGGGAAUGACAGGCCCGUGAGGCACCGGGGUUCGAGACAUGUUACAAUGUCUAAUGUAUAUAGAUUAAUAUGCCUAAUUUGGUUGCUUCGCCUACUUGCAGCGCGACAACUAUUAUUUC